AUGGCAUUCGGAUCCAACAAAACACUACUUUUCCAACUCAAAGGGUUCGAAUAUUUCACCCUAAUUGGAACGGAGCCAAAGUACGUUGCUCCACUUACCCUGCAUUAUGUGUGGACGCCACUGGGCAUCAUGCAACCCGGCUAUCGUUAUAUCACGCAGGUGCAUGAGGCCGACUCGUAUCAGCGGCUAAUGAGUGGUUUACAGCAAUUCAACGAGGAUUGCGGUCCGGUCCGGUUAGAAGUUCUAUAA